AUGGCCACAAAAGCUCAUUUCCUCGUGCAUCCAGAAGAUAUCUUUUGCAGCAUUAAUAUCCAGCAUAACUGUUCCUCAAACAAAUGUACAAUUUCUGCAGCUCAACCACAGUAUCUGGAAAGAGAAAAACAGCCUAAAGAUGCUCCUGCGGUUCAACACAUAAAUCCUGACAACUUAAUCCUCAAUAUUGCCAAAAUAAUAGCUGCUGCAUACUGGGCUGGCUUACAAAUCAGAGGUAUUAUCCUAUGGAGUAUUGAACAUUUUUGCAUUGUGUGGUGUGUGACGCUUGUGAUGAGCAUCACUGUCACCAUCAACGUUGUAUCAACAAUGGACCUCCACAAUGUGAUAAACCCAUCUGCUUCAGAUGCACCACCUUCUUAUGAGUAUUACUCUCAUCUUAGGAAUCCUUCAAGCCAAGAUUACAUGACAACAUCCGGAACAUCAACGAUGUUAUUUAUGAGAUUUAGAGUAAUAGCUAUGGAAGAGGUUGUGGUUCAGAUGCUGAAUCUGAAGCUGAUGAACCCAUCUGGGGAUCACAGAAGAGGAAACAAGUUUGGUCACAUAGUCAAAGUGAAUAUUCUGAGAGCUGUUCCAGCCCAGAGACCCCCCGCUGCCUACAAAAUCCAGCGGCACUUGCUUACGUUAAAAGCCCCAUUGUCAAUACACCAGCAGGGCCAGCACAAAUAUAGUGCAACUGGAUCAAAACGUAACAAUGCAAUGACAGGCCUAUUACAGUUGGCUAUUCUUCUGCAAACUCAGCAGCAAAUUACUAGUCUUAAUGAAGAGCUUCAGAUGUAUGGAUUCUCAACUCACUUCUUCCUGGAGGGCCCACCUGAGUUUCAUUUUCUACAUUUGGCAUCCAGACACUCAAAAAAUAUAGAGAAAAUGGUGUUGUGCUCCCUAUUCCACACAAUAUUCUGGCUCAAUGUGCUCUGUUUUGUAAGGACUAUGAAGAAAAAAGGCCAAAAUUUGGAUCUCUCUGAGUCAGAGGUUGAUAGUGAGCAAGAGUCCAAAUUGCGGGAAGAGGCUGAUAUAUCUGAUACUGAAGUAGCCCAAGUAGUGGAGGCCAGAAGAGGCACUACAAGGAGAGGACAUGGCGGAGGAUGGGGGGGUAGGGCCUCUGUGGCAUCAAGGGACAAUGCGGAGAGAAGGCCUCAUGAUCAAGCAGAAACAGGUGAUGACACAUUUUUUCAUGGCCUUGAGAAGUAUGUUAGUAAAAAAUGGAAGAAAUAUGGGCGCAAUCCCACUGGUUACAAGAUGUACUUUGACCCAACCUUUAAAGGUACCUUGAAAACUCCUGCAGCGGCUGUCAGCACCAGCAAUAUGGCUACAGUGAAGCCUGCCAAUGACACACUGGCCAGCCUUCUUGAUGUUGCAGAGUGGUGA